AUGUUCUAUAGUAUCUACGUUUGUGAUAUCGGUAUAAAAUGUCCUGUAUGCAGCAAGUUUGUAUUGCCGGACGACAUAGAGUGCCAUCUCGUCAUGUGUCUCACCAGGCCCAGGCUCUCGUAUAACGAGGAUGUGCUGAGUGACUCCAAGGGGGAAUGCGUGAUCUGCCUGGAGGAGCUAUCUGCCGGAGACACCAUCGCCCGCCUGCCCUGCCUUUGCAUCUACCACAAGGGAUGUAUAGACCAAUGGUUCGAAGUGAACAGAUCGUGCCCGGAGCACCCCGGCGACUAG